UGGCAAUGAUUUCAUGUCCAUCUGCAAGUUUAGUUUUUCUGUCAUCUUCUAUGUACAUUUGUCCUUAAGUUUUGUCUGUGUGAUUUGAUAUUACAGAUUCUAAAUUAGUAGAGCUCUUCUCUUUGCUGCACUUCCACAUGUAUCCCAUAGCACCCCACAGGCUUGAUUAUAAUUAAUUCAUCUGUUAUUUUUUUCCCCAGAAAUACACUCGCAUUGAGAUCCAGCACUUUUAGGGAAUAAAGAUUUUCUAAAGAAUUUAUAUCUCUGCCUAAAUCAUAAAGGAACAAAAUCAGAAGCAUAUAAGAAACUUAUCACAUUUCUAAACCUUGAUGCUCUAAAUUCUUUUGACAUUAACAGUUCUAUUAUUCUUCCGGUACAACAAGUUGUCAUGGAGAAAAGGUUGUGAAACUUUGAAACCAUUGCUGGGAAUGCAUCAUGGUCAUACAUCUAUUACAUAUACAUAUACAUCUGUUACAUAUAUAAAUCCUGUAUUUUGCCACUGUGCAAUCUGCUUUAUACGGUUUUGCUCAAUUCCACUUUAUAUAUUUACUCAUGUAAUAUAAUUUCAGAGUAAUUUAAUUAGAUUUGGGUGAGUAUAUUUUAAUAAUUUUCUUUUAUCAGUUAAUUACAAUGUGCCAGAGAAUUUCUAGAUCUUGAAUUUCCAUUUGAUAUAUUUUUCUUAUGAACUUAAUUUCGUUUAAUAUUAUGCAGGUUGUGUGUUAUACAUUUGACCAUUGUAUAAUGAUCUCCUCUGAUAUUGUUACUACUAUAAUUAAUUAUUGAACUAUUUUAAGAAAUUCAUAUGUGUUUUAGGAUAAUCUUAUGUUAUGAUUUAUAUAAUGAUGUGCCUCAGGAGGAAGCAGAAAAGAAGGCAAUGGCUGAAAAGAUUGAGAGCAUGGAAUUUGAUGUAGAAUCCCGAAACAAGGGAAUUCACAAUUUUCAGUUGCAACUAACAGAAGAACUAUGUAAUAAUCUACAGAAAACAGAGGUAUUGAAUUGCACCAUUUGCCAUUUGCGAAUGCCCUGUUGCUAUUUGGUCAAUCAAGUUAUUAGUAUUCAGUUGGGCAUGUUCUUCAUGCUUUUGUCAAUGGUAAUCUUGAAGGGAGUGCAAUAGGAAGUAAUGGUCAUACUAAAGUUUCCCUUGAUGUUCCCUUGAUAUGGUUGGUGUUGACCCUUCAAUUGUUAAUGUCUUCCAUAGAAUUCUUAUAGCUAAGGAAUAACAAUGUCAGGUAGUGUGAGCAGGUCAAGGAAUAACCGGGAUAGAAGGAAAGCAACUUCUACCGGGGCUGCUGGCUGUAUCUUAGAAUAUGAUGGUCUGAAACAUGGGAAAUUUUCCAAGUAAUUAUAGAAGAACUUUACAAAGUUUAAACUAUGAUUGAAGGCGUUACUGAUUUCAUUGUUUCUAUAUGCAGCUUCCUGCCAUGGCUAUUGAACAGGUCCUAAUUGUGAACAGUUCGUGUCUUACUGUGUUUAAUAAGUUUAAUUUGUUCAUAGAUAGUUAUAACUUGAAUUGAAGAAGGCCGAGUUUCACGUGGAAGAUUUCACCUCAUUGCAAGUUACGUGGGACACAUCCCAUCCGGCUAUGAUAUUAGAAAAAGUGGUGAGUCUCUCCUCCGGAUUUACCCUCUACCCCACACCCCUGUUUCCAUGACCCAAACACACAUGCACAUUCUUUUGUAAGUCCAUAUGUGAAGUCGUGUCUUUAAUUUUGCAUGUACAACGAAUGAUUUAACGAAUAAAGCUCAAGGGAAAUUCCAAAGCCGCUGGUUUGGUGGUUGGACACAUAAGGUUACUGUUGCACUUUUUGCGCCACUGCUUGGUUAGACAUUCUUGAGGAGAUGCUGAGUGGUGAUGGUAUCUUGAACAAAGAUUUGAAACUGAAACGGCAAACAAUUAAUUCCACAAUAAAUUGACGACAAUAAUACAUUUUUUAAUUGAAAAUCAUUGUUUAC